UUUAAACCACUGAGAAACACACCACCAAUAGGCUGCUGAUGAGCAGUGGAGCUGGGUAGGAUUUUGGUGCGUUACCACCGAACAGUGUAUGUGUGACCGUAUGUGUUAGAGUGAAAGAAGGAUGGAGGACGACCCACAACUGAAUUCAGAAGAUCUGGACUAACGGGGGGCCAUCGCAGUUUUGAACUGUUUUCGGGGAAUUUCUUUUCAGCCACAUGUUACAAUGCCAUUUGCCAAAAGGAUCGUAGAACCUCAGUUAUUGUGCAGGCAUACGAUUCCCAAUGAGGAGGGAUUGCUUUUCGAGGACCUGUGCACCAUCAACAAUGUGGCUUUAUCACGGACCUUGCGACAGCUUUCCGACCUGGCCAAGCACGCCUGCUCCUUGUUUCAGGAGCUGGAGAAUGAGAUCGUAUCGACAAACCAGCGGGUUUGGGUUCUUCAUAGUAAAAUAGGAAGACUCCAACAAACAACCACUGGGCUAGACCCUAAACAAGAAGCAGUGCCCGUGUCGAACCUGGAUGUGGAGAGUAAGCUGACGUCACACUACCAGGCCCCCUGGCACCAGCAGCGCAAUGUGUUCCACCCCUCCACCCGGCCUGCCUGCGUGGAGGAGCUCCACCGCCACGCCAAACAGAGCCUGCGGGCGCUGCAGCGAGGCUUCUCAUGGAGUCAUGAGCCAGAUCAGCUCCAGCGGCAGCAGGCAAACAACAAGAGGGAGCGGCGGGUGACCAUCAACAUUUCGGUGGCGCCCCCUAUGCCCACGUACCCCUCACCGCGCACGCUCAGGAGGCGUGAGCAGAAAGCCCGGCACUUGAGAACGUUUGAGAAUGCCCGCCCACCCUCUCCCACCGAGUGCUGCCACUUCUCUCCCUGGAGAAAGGCUGCUCCACCUACUGACGCCGACUCAGAGUUGGUGGCGCUAGGCCACCGGCCCAAGUGCCCCAUCCCCAACGUCCCCACCACGCUGGACAAACAGACUAACUGGUCCGACCCGUUGCCACUGCCAACGCCCGAGGAGAGGAUGAAAAGUGAUUCCCAAGUGAUCAACUCAUGCGUCGUGCCCAUUAACGUCACAGAGGAGGUCUCCGUCUCUGCCUCCCCACCAGCGAUAUCAGCCUUCUUCAGGGUCGGUUUUGACAGAGACGCCAGUGUGCGCUGCUCCCUCGUUCACUCCCAGUCGGUGCUUCAGCGGAGGAGGAAGCUGAGGAGACGGAAGACCAUCUCCGGAAUUCCCAGGCGUGUGCAGCAAGACAUAGACUCGGAUGAAUCUCCUGUUGCCAGAGAGCGGACUGUGAUCGUGCAUGCAAGCCCUGAGAGCUGUCAGGAGGAAGACUCGCUCAGCAGCCGUCUCAGCACCAAGGACUCGGGCUGCCAGACGGAGGACAUCCUCAUUGCCGCCACGGCCCCCUCGCGCAGGCGGAUACGAGCCCAGAGAGGCCAGGGUGUGACCGUCUCGCUCUCCCACUCCACGGGCAACAUCUCCUCCCUUCCCGACAGCUCUGACGCCAUGUACAGCACCUCCAUGGGCACCCGCCUGCGUUCCCGCAGUCUGCCCCGUGACGGGAGGCACCUGGUGGACGAUGGCCAAGAUGACAGCGAUGAGGAUGACGAUGAGGAGGAAGAGGAGCUCUCGCCGUAUGAGGCGGAGGACUUCUUGCCGGUUCCCGGGGAGCACAUCCUGAAGGAUGAGGAGGAAAGCACUGAUGACCAGGCCAUCCCCGAGCACCAGCUGGGGAUCCUGAAGUACAAGCAGCACGCGGGGAGCCCAGAGCAUGGCUGGUUGGACCGCGGGCGAUCGCGGCUCCCGCGGAAAGCGGACAUGGGGAGCUGCGAGAUCUCUUCCAGCUCAGACACCUUCAGCAGCCCUAUCCACUCGGUAUCGAACGCAGGGGUGAUGACCAGUCAAAUGGACCACAAGGAGGACCACCAGUCCUCAAGCGGUAACUGGAGCGGCAGCAGCUCCACCUGCCCCUCACAGACAUCCGAGACCAUCCCUCCCGCGGCCUCUCCCCCACUGACUGGUUCCUCACACUGUGACUCGGAGCUGUCUCUCAACGCCGCAUUGCACGCAAACGACGACACAGCUGGUUUCAUUCUGGACCCCUACCCAACGGACAGGCCGCAGGGCCUCAGGGGCCACAGGGCAGGCUCUUUCACCUCCACAGCCACAGACAUGCUGGACGACGCAGGGGUCAGCACGGCCAGUGAGGGGGAGUGGGGCUACCCACACCACAGACACAGCACGUCCUGCCACCAGGACUUCAGCCCUGAACACUCCCGGGAGGACGAGGGCAGCUUGGAGUGCCCAAGCUUCACCAGCAUAGCCACCCUUGAGAGCCUCAUGGACAAGCCACCGUCUGACAAGGCUGACACCGUUUCACACUACUCAGUGGACACAGAAGGCUACUAUACCUCCAUGCACUUUGACUGUGGUAUUAAAGGUAGCAAAAGCUUCACUUAUAACUAUGCAGCUCAAGAGCAGCGUCACGCAGAAUACCGAGCUCACAUGAUCCUCGGGAGACACUGUCUCUCCCUGAGGAAACCAAAGGCGAAGCCUGCUCCACCCAAGCGCAGCACGUCCCUGAGGAAAAUCAAUGGUGGAGGUGGAAGCACUCACAACAAGAGCGAACCAAAGAUAACCUGCGGGCAGAGCUUGCCGAUGUCUUCCAGGGAGAGGAAGCUGCAGCUGGACUUAGCGAGAUCCUCGGCUCAGCCUGAAGGUGAGGAGACACUUGAAGCCUGGGGGGUGGAGAGCUCCAGCGAGAUGCCAGAUGUGUCGUUGUUUGUCUCUGGCGAAACACACUCUUUUAAGGAUGAAGGGGCUGUACAGUCUGACUACGCUGAUCUGUGGCUGCUCAACGACUUGAAAUCAAACGAUCCCUACAGGUCGUUGUCGAACUCCAGCACUGCUACGGGCACAACUGUCAUAGAGUGCAUCAAGUCGCAGGAGAGUUCUGAAUCUCAGACGUCUCAGUCGGGGUCACGAGCCACCACCCCUUCACUACCUUCAGUGGAGAAUGAGUUCAAGCUGCCCUCACCAGAGAAGCUGAUUGGCCUCGCCUCACCCUCCAGUGGGUAUUCCAGCCAAUCAGAAACCCCAACAUCCACCUUUCCCUCAGCUUUCUUCCCAAGUCCCUUGUCCCCGAGCUGUGGCAAAAGGAAGCCCAAGGUUCCAGAGAGGAAGUCCUCUCUCUCUUCCUUACAAGUACAACAACAACAACAACAACAAAAACAAUCAUCCAAGAGGGACCUAGAGCUGCCAGUCAUACCUCCAACCCACCUUGACCUAAGUGCUCUUCACAUCAUUAACAAGCCUUCAGCCCACUGGAGUCAGAUGCACAUCCUCCAUCAGAACAAGCAGAAAACAGCAGCAGCAACGGUAGCAGCGGUAGCAGCUAAAGCCGAGGCCAGAGCCUCUGCAGCCGCUGCUGGAGGUGGUGAAGCUUCCAUGGCCAUCACUCCCAUGGUGCUCCGCUCGGUCCAGCUGCGGUCUGUUGGGAGGCCCAACGAAGGGAGUUACGAGAGGCUUAGCACCGACACCGCCACGCGACCCAAGUGUCCCACUGUGACCAUCAGCACCACCCUGGCCAACACCAAGCCUUUAGAAUCGCGAAAACCUCCACCCUACAGACCCCAGGAACCACCCGCUCAGGACCACUGUGAAACACUGUUUACUCCAGGCAAGGAUGUAGCAAGUCACAGCAGUGUGAGAUUCAGGCAGGACAGGCACGCGCCGCCACCCCUGUGGAGUAUGACUGCCUUCCGAUCCCCCCAGCCAGACCAAGGGGGCCCUGAAGAUGACCCCUCGGAGAGUGGGACUGAAGCUCAGGGGAUCUCUGAGGGCACCACUGGUCCUGAGGAAGAGAAACAAGGCUUGAACAUUAUAAAGCCUCUCUUUCCGAGGAACAGUACGGAUGUGGAACAGAAUGAAGCACUAAAACCGGAGCCAAGAGAGGAACGUUCAACGUUGUGUCUGACUAGAACGGGGUCUCCACCGACCCAGCAUGGAACAGCCAAGAGGUCUGAAAGUUUUGACCAAGUGCCUGAUAUCGUAACUCAAUCAGAAACAUCGCACGCUUACUCAAUCAGCGAUGCAGGUAACAAUCAGGAGGAAUAUGAAACAUCAGGUGCUCCUACCAGAAGUGCCUCACAGGACAGCAGGGAGGACAGCUCCACUCCAGACACAGAGGACUACUUCAGCAGAGAGUCCACACCCAGCGAUCCCUCAGUGUCCCCACUAAAUGAGGACACUCGAGCCGAUGACGACAGUGUUUUCCUGUCACCAAAUAGGAGCCGUACAACGGAGGAUCUCUUUGCUAUGAUUCACAGGUCCAAAAGGAAAGUGCUUGGAAGAAAGGACUCGGGAGACCUGAGUGGGAGAAACAGGUUGGGUGGUGCAGCAUCAGUCAGCACUCCAACCAACAACUCUCUGACCAUCCCAACCAUCCCAACCAUCCCAACCUCCCCAUCCGCCCCAUCCACCCCAACCACCCCAGUUACACCAACUACCCCUGUAACCCCAACUACCCCCACCACCCCAACAGGUUCUCAGAGAGCACUGGGACAAAUCUACAGGAGUGCCAAAAAGUCCAGCACCACCAACGAGGAGUUCAAGCUGCUGCUGUUGAAAAAAGGCAGCCGCUCUGAUUCCAGCUACCGCAUGUCAGCCACAGAGAUUCUGAAGAGCCCAAUCGCGCCAAAGUCUCCCGGAGAUUAUUUCACCGAGGGGGACACGCAGCCGGGCGAGCCCAUCUCUCCCCAGCAUCAGCAGUCCCCGCCGGGCACAUCCGAGCAGCUGCAUAGCCCUUUCCCCAAAGCCAACACAGAGGGGUUUUCCCCGAAAGCCUUUCCUACCUCUGCCUCUUCACGGCAGGGGCGCUGUAGAAUACCACCCGCUGCAAACAGCAGUCGGUACAGCACCCGAAGCCGGCUGUACACGGCUCCCAUGCAGGCCAUCUCAGAGGGGGAGACGGAGAACUCCGACGGAAGUCCGCACGACGACCGCUCCUCCUAGAGUAUGCACCUUUCUGCUUCAACACUGUAAAGGCUACUAACACAAACACAUAUUUUUUUUUUCUAAAGAAGGCUUGAAAAGCAUUCAGAUGGGGCUAAUUGUUCUGACAGUGGCGUUGAUGGAUAAUAAUUUGAUGUGUGUGCCGUUGAAAAUUGCGAGAGGAAAAAAAGACUUUGUGAGUUUGUACCCUUUUCGUAACCACACAGCAAGAGUGAACUGCUUUUAGGAAAAGAAAAAAAAAACUAUUGUAGACGAGAUGUAGUAAUCCACUAUGAUUUUUUUUUUAAAUUGACAUUUUUUAAAUGCUGCAGUCCUUGAGGACUACAUAAUGAAAUGAAAUCACUUUCAAACGUUGGUUAUCAAAUAUUGAGUGAUGAUUAACUAUAACAGAAUACAUUACAAGGGCACAAGGGGCAUCACUCCACAAAUGUCCAAGCAGUCCUUCUUUCUAGCUUUUCUGAGACAACACAAUUUGCAUUAUAAAAUGAAAUGUCAAACAUAAUGUACUGCAUAGGAAAUGACUGUGAAAAGCAAGUGGUCCAGACAGUUUCACAAGAAGGGAACGAUAAAAUCUUACAUGCUAAUUUGUCUAUGACAGACACUUGGGACAAUCUAAUGGUGGCCUUUUGUAUAGUGGGUCUUAGGAUUGAUUACGCUGAUAGGCUCCAUGUUUAAGACCGGUCAGCCUUUUUGCGGCGGGUCUGAAGAAACUUCAGCUGGAAGCUUAGCAGGGUAGGUGCUUUGUCACCUACCGCACCUUUGCACUUCUUUCAGUUCCUCAAGCAUACCACUUCAUAGAGUUUUAUAUUAAAUAAAUGCCACAUUGUAAAAGUACAAAACAUAAAUAUCUAUAUCUACAAACACACACACACACACACACACACACACACAUAUAGAGAGAGAUUAUAUACAUAUGUUUUCAUGACACAAGCUCGAAAUGGUAGUGAAAUCUUUGUCAGUGGCACAUGGUGAUUACAUCCAGCUAUGCCUGUUUUAGGUGCUACAGUAGUUAUUAGGUGAGCUCAAAUAUAGUGGGGUCUGUCACAUUAACCUCAACGCAAGAGGCAUGCUAUUUAAAAAGCAGCUCUUCUAUUUUAAUGAAAUGUUUGGUAUUCUUUCCAAAACUCCAAAUCAUGAGAGGAAACACACAUUAACUACUGUGCUCUUGGUAUUUUCCACAUUUUUUCACCUGUUCAGAAAAAAAAGACUCUUGUAGUUACAGUAACAGUUUAUCACUUGAAAAAAUACCACCAUCAUAGCUUUGUGGAAAAUCUAAAACAAUGUGGUAACCCAAUGUAUUCUGUGAAUACCUCUGCAAUUACGUAUGCUGUUGAUUUGAGAUUUUAUGAUGUUCACUCGAAGGUAAAUGAUUUAGACAUCAUGUUCACACAAACAGACGGCAGGAUUAACACUGUGCAAUGUAGAAUAGGAAAAACAAACCCUGUGGAACCAGUAAAUUGCUGGGUAGCAGAACACUUUGACCAGCAUGUGGUGAAGUGUGUUUCGUUACAUAAUACCCCCCUUGUCUUCUCAUUAUACGCAUGCAUUUGAAAAAAAAAAAUGAAAAAAAAUAAGAGAAAGUUUGCAAAUGGGAAAUAAUAUAUAAAUAUACCUAUAUAUACAUACAGUAUACAUUAAAAACUCAAAUUUUGUGAAUUAACAUUGUCAACAUCAUUUGAAAUUGUCUCGUCAGUAUGUUGAGUAGAUGUAUACUGUUACUGUAACAACUUUCUUCUAACUGUACGGUAGUGUUUUUUUGCCAUAUCUAAGCAAACUUACUUGACAAUCUUAAUCAAAUCUCUUAUGGGUAGUUGGGGUGGCAGUGAGAGGUGGCAACAGAGCAAGGGGAACAUGGAUUGAGCAGUGGCCAAGAGGCAUAGGUCAGAGAGGUGGGGCCUUGUACAGGCCAAGAUAGCACGGCUAGGUGAUGUGGCCGAAAGGCAUUCUGUAGUAUACGUGAUCAUGGGUGUAAGUAUGCAAUGUUGCGAGGGCAGUGGAAAGUGUAGAGUUGGAGAAAGAGGGAUGGUCUUUGACUUGGAGGAAGGCUCAAGAAUUGAUGUUCUUUAUGCAGCUAUUGCUGUUGGUUUAAGAAAAUGGGGCACUGUUGUUGUGAGCCUAUUUGCCAGGAUCAAAUCGGAGUGCAAAGUCAUGUUUGGGAGAGUGAGAGUGUCUCGUUGUGGUGUUCCAUGUGAGAGAUUUGCCAUGUCUCUUGUUUUUGAGGUUUUUAAAUCAUGUGACAAAAACGUGUAAAUACAUAGAUUUUCUUAAACAUAUGCCACACCCCUAUAUUUUCGUUUCAUAUCCAAACCUUGAGGUUUUGGAAUGUAACCAUUAUUUUUAUCAUUCUGAUGCAGCAAAUGACUGCAUUUACAUAUAUUUAUUUUUGGUACUAAAAAAAAAUAAACAUUCAAGGAACAAAGAAACAGCUAAAAAUUGGAAAUUGAAAGAAUUGAUUGUCCUGUAAUUGGUGCAUAUCUCUGUAAUGGCUUAGAUAUUGGAGCGCAACCCAUUUAAACAAACAUAUUUCAUGUGUUGUUUUACUGUUAUUAGUUUGAAAAAUGUGAGCUAAACAGACAUCAAGCUUUGAAUCAUGCUUUGUCAAACCUAAACACUGGUUACUUAGAACAUAAAUGCUGAGAUGUAAGGUGAACCAAUGAGAACCUCUUAAAGCUGAAAAUACAUAUUACAUAUAAGCUAUAGUGUGUGCUAGCCAAACAUUGAAAAUCAUUUAAUUUUCUAAAAAAGUGUUUCUGGUCCCUCCCUUCACAUACAUAAAAAAAAACUGCCAUCUCACUGACCCCCAACACGGAUACAACCUUCUGUCUUGUAAGGAAACUGGUUCAGACACAGAGCUCUGUUUCACUCGACAUGAAACUACUUCACAAGAUCUUUGUAGCCAUACGUCUCUACCUACAUUGUUCCGUGACAAGGAGCUAAUGUGCCAGUGUCAAAGUUUUUAACUGUUAACGUCAUUCUGGCCUUAAGUGAGCUAAACCUUCAAAGGGAAAACAAUAGCGGCUGCCUCCUUUGACUGCAUAUCUGCUAAGAUAUUACUACUCCACGAAGAGAGAGAUGGUCUACUGUUGGUUUACAUUGAAAUGGCUUACAAGCUCUUUUGUAAAAGCUAAGACUGUUUCAAAAUCCACCUCUUACAGGGUACGCAGAGGGCAACAAUUCUCUAUACUAUCAUUCCAAGAAUUUAAAGUAUAACUUAGACAUUUGCACUGAUAUAGUGGAGUUUGUGAAGUAUUCAUUUUGUCUCUUGCUGUACCUAAAGUUAUUUAUAUAGGAUUUCCAUUUAAAACUGGUUGAAUUUUCUUUACAGCUGAACUCUGCAUGCUCCAAGGGAAGAGACACAAGUAGCACAUACUUUUACCAAAAGGUCUAAGUUGUCUACAGAUGUAAGCAAAGAAGUUUGAGGUUACUUGAUCAAAUAAAAUAUCACAAACAAAUAAAUUGCCUAUGUAAGAGAGUUACAUAUUAACUGUUUCGGUACUAGAUGCAACUCCUUCAGGCGGAAAGUUUCAAUCAAGAAGAUUUGCAUCAGUUUUGUAUUUUUUGUACAGAUUUGUAAAUACAAUACCUUUCUAAAUCGUUGCAAAGGUGUUUCUUUUGUAAAAUGUUUCAAAGUUUACAUUAAUUCCAAGCCUUUGUAUAUUUUUGAGCUGUGCAACUCUUCAAGUCUUGUAUUUAUUUUUUAGUAAACAUUGUGAAAAUCCCAUUGUAAAUCUCUGAACAGUGAUUAGCCAGCAUGGCUGGCUGCUUAGUAAGUGUGCAUAGAAGGAACCAAUAAAUGUGACUGCUUUGAAAACCAA